AUGACUGUCCUGCGGGCACACAUUCUACACAAGGCCCCCGAGCUUCUCGCCCCUGGAUCUAGCUUCAAGCUCUCCGAAUCCUGGGUGCGUCGCUUCGUCCAAGAUGUACUCGGCUGGAGCAGCCGGAAGAGCACCCGUACUGCACGCAAGGUCCCUUCCAAUGCGGCGGACCUCUGCGAGCUGACCUUCUUGCGCAUGGUCUUCGCUAUCAUGCUUCACAAGAUCAAGCCUUCGAUGAUUGUGAAUGCAGAUCAAGCAGGCGUCCUCCUGAUGCCGUCGGGUAAGCAGACAUAUGAAGUGAAGGGCUCAAAGGAUGUAACUGUGCAUGCACACGACGAGAAGCGUCAGAUGACCAUCGUCGUCGGCUCGUCACUGGACGGGAAGCUCCUCCCGUUCCAAUCUGUCUGGGGAGGUACUACGAAGGCGAGCCUACCCUCGAGCCAAGCACCCCGUCGGUCCGAGGCAGAUAAGCUCGGAUUCGUGUACGCCCACGGCGAUACGCGCCAUUGGAGCUCCAAGGAGACGACUAAGAAGUGGGUUCUCGAAGUCCUAGAUCCUUUCAUCGCCCGGCAGAUCGAAGAAGACGAUGAACUCUCCAAGGACUCGAAGGCCAUACUUCUCAUUGAUGUAUGGCCAAUUCACAUCGCGAAGAAGAGCCUCGAUGAUUUCCUGCCAUGGAUGAAGGCUACGCACAAGAACAUCAUCGUGAUCUUCGUUCCAGGAGGAUGUGAGUAUACUCUACUCCGCUACUGUUUCAGAGCUCAUUUCCUUCUGAUUCAGGUACCGGACUGUUCCAACCCGCCGAUGUGGGACUACAGCGGCUCGUCAAGCACAUCAUAA